AGGUUUCGGUUCACGCACGAUUCCGCCAUGUCUCAUCGCAAGUUCGAACGGCCGCGCCAUGGUUCCCUGGGUUUCCUCCCAAGAAAAAGGACCAAGCAUCACCAUGGCAAGAUCAAGAGCUUCCCGAAGGAUGAUCAAUCCAAGAGCCCGCAUUUGACCGCCUUCAUGAGUUACAAGGCAGGUAUGACUCACAUUGUCCGUGAGGUCGAUCGACCUGGCUCCAAAUUGAACAAGAAAGAGAUCGUGGAGCCCGUGACCAUCUUGGAAAGUCCUCCGAUGAUUGUCGUAGGCUUCGUCGGUUACGUUGAGACGCCCCGAGGUCUUCGUGCUUUGACGUCUGUUUGGGCAGGACAUUUGUCGGAGGAGUGCAAGCGUCGCUUCUACAAGUCUUGGCACUCAUCGAAGCAGAAGGCAUUUACCAAAUACCAAAAGCGAUGGAGUGAAACCAAGGACAGUCCGGCUGAGGUGGAGAGGGCCAAGAAGUAUUGUCAAGUGAUCCGGGCCAUUUGCCAUACUCAAGUUGGCAAAGUGAAGAUUGGACAGAAGAAAGCUCACAUCAAGGAG